AUGACUUCGCAUUUCACCCAGUCGACUACGUAUGGUCUGACGAACUGCAUGGUAGGCGAGAAAAUCAAGCCCCGUUAUAUGGCCACCGGGGUAGAAGAGCAAACCGGAAGGGAAGAGACCGGGGCGAAGUUGACAAACUUUGCCAAACAUUUUGUCUGCUCGAUGAUCGCCCACACCAUUGGCAUCCGAUUGCUUUAUCCGGGGAUGAUUUCGUUGAUUCAGAAGAAUUUGUUGUCCACCCUGAACGAAGGUCGCAUUAAUUUGUUGACCACUUUCAGUGCCAAGCGAUUGAAUCAGUGCCAUAUAAAACAUUUAUAUAUUAUAGCGAAUUACGUAGAUGCGGUUUUUGUGGACAGGAGAAACGGCAGCAGUUUUUCGAACGGCAACGUGCUUGUUGUGACAUGCGAAGGGAACGCAGGCUUUUACGAAAUCGGCUGUCCAAAGCCGCCUUUGGCAGCUGGCUACUCAGUGCUCGGUUGGAACCAUCCCGGUUUCGGGGGCAGUUCUGGUCUUCCCUGGCCUAAGCACGAAUUCGAGUCUAUAGACGUCGUGCUACAGUUCGCGCUGUCCCAAGGUAUGACUUUAGGUGGUUGUUGUAAUUUGAAACACUCCUUUUCAGGGUUCUUGGAAGAGCAGAUUGUCAUUUACGCAUGGUCAAUCGGUGGCUUUGUGGCAUCGUGGGCUGGAGUUAACUACCCAAAUAUUAAGGCUAUCAUUCUAGAUGCACCCUUUGACGAUUUGCUACCCCUCGCAUUGAAAACUUUGCCGGAAUCUUGCUCUGAUUUGGUGGAGUACACAGUCAGGAACUUCAUGAAUUUGCAUACAGCCGCCUUGAUUAAAGACUACAAUGGCCGGCUUGGGAUUAUCCGUCGAAGCAAGGAUGAAAUUCUAAGUUCUCCGGAUGAUCUGCUAGGCGCUAAUCGAUGCAAUUCUUUGAUUAACACCGUGUUAUCCACAAGCGAUGAUGGUUGGAGUGUGCGUAUUGAUAAAAUGGAAGUCAGCCAGUGCCGCGAAAUGUUAGCGUCCUAUGUGCAAAAGCAUGGAACACAGUUUCCAAUGUACGUCGGCAAAGAAGAGGAUACUGCCGUACGUCGGCGUCUCUCCUUUUAUCUUUUGCAACACAUGGUGACCACCUUCGAUGCCCUGCACUGCACCGAGCUGCCGGCGUUUUUGUUCCGUGUUCCGCACCAUCCAUGGGAGCAGGAAUGA